GGCGCGGCUCUCCCGUCGGGCCGUGCGCGGCCGGAAGCGGAAGUGAAUGUGCUGGUAAUCAUGGUGCCGCUGGGGCGGGGAAGGAGGUGCCGCCGCUGCCGGGAGCUCGAUGAGUCGCUACGGUCUAACUUGAUGAUAUCGCACUGAGAGGCGGUGAGCCAUGGGGGAGAACAGUCCUGAAGGCAACGUUAUCUACUAUGAAGCAGAGGAAGACGAUUUAACCCAAGAUGACAAUAUGAUGAGGUUUGCUGAUAAAAACGGGCUGGUUUCUUCAUCGUCUGGGACGGUCUAUGACAGGACAACUGUUCUAAUAGAGCAGGACCACAGUGUAUUGGAAGAUGAUGAGGAUGAAGGACAGUGUGGUGAUCACUUGCCUUUUUUACCCGAGGGUCACGAAGAAGGAUUUCAUUUAAUAGCAGAUCAUGAAGGAAUGUCCCAGGGUUAUGUGCAACAUAUUAUUUCUCCAGAUCAGAUUCAUCUAACAAUAAAUCCUGGUUCAACUCCUAUGCCAAGAAAUAUCGAAGGAGCAACACUCACUUUGCAGUCUGAAUGCCCAGAAACUAAGCUUAAAGAAGUUAAGAGAUACCAGUGCACCUUUGAGGGCUGUCCACGCACCUAUAGCACUGCUGGAAACCUGCGCACUCACCAAAAGACACAUCGUGGGGAAUACACUUUUGUCUGCAAUCAAGAAGGCUGUGGCAAGGCCUUUCUUACCUCCUACAGCCUCAAAAUCCAUGUUCGAGUGCACACUAAGGAAAAGCCGUUUGAAUGUGAUGUGCAGGGCUGUGAAAAGGCAUUCAAUACACUGUACAGGCUGAAAGCACAUCAGAGGCUUCACACAGGGAAAACAUUUAACUGUGAAUCAGAAGGCUGCAGUAAAUAUUUCACAACGCACAGUGACCUGAGGAAGCACAUUCGAACACACACAGGAGAAAAGCCAUUUCGGUGUGAGCAUGACGGCUGUGGAAAGGCUUUUGCUGCAAGCCACCACCUUAAAACACAUGUUAGGACACAUACUGGGGAGAAACCCUUCUUCUGUCCCAGUAAUGGCUGUGAGAAGACUUUUAGUACACAGUAUAGUCUCAAGAGUCACAUGAAAGGUCAUGAGAAAGGACAUUCCUAUAAUGCACUUCCCAAUAACAAUGUAUCUGAGGAUACAAGCCACUCACUUUGUCUGAGUGACCUAAGCCUCAUAUCAACAGAUUCAGAAUUGCGGGAGAACUCUAAUCCAACACAUGGACAAGACCUUAGCACAAUCUCACCAGCAAGCAUCUUUGAGUCUAUGUUCCAGAGCCCAGAUCAUACUGCAAAUCAGGACGACUCUCAGCAGACAGCUGCCUUGAUUGAAGGUUUUAAUGGUGAUGCAGACUCAGUUACUGCUGUUCCGCCUUCUGCAGGAGACUCGACAUCGUUGUCUCUUCCGCUUGUACUGCAGCUUGGCAUCUCUGAGCCUUCACAUUCAGCACUACAAGCCUCGGCAGCACCUGCUGCUCCCUCCUCCAUAGGAACCAGCUCACAGCAAGCUGCAUUUGGAAAUCCUGCAACUGUUUUACAAUCCCCAGAAGUGCCUGUUCCUCACAGCACACAGUUUGCAGCCAGUCACCAAGACUUCCUGCAGCACACUCAGACACCGCCACAGCCCAUUGUACAAGGACUUUCAGUGGUUGCUGGGGCAUCUGCCCCAACGGCAUCAAGUGCCACUGAGCCCCUGCCAGCUGUAGUUCAGACUGUGCCUGUUGGUGCGAACUCUGUUCUGACCAGUAAUCCAACAAUAACAAUUACACCUUCUCAGAGCACCGCUAUUCUGCAGUCCAGCAUUGUCAUGGGAGAGCAAAACUUACAAUGGAUCUUAAAUGGUGCCACUGGUUCUCCACAAAGCCAAGAACAAAUGCCACAAGUUCCAAAAGUAGUAGAAAAGGUUUUUUUUACCACUGCAUUACCAGUAGCUGGCAACACAGGAAACCCUGUUCAGCAGAUUGGUCUCAGUGUUCCUGUCAUUAUUAUAAAGCAGGAGGAGGCCUGCCAGUGUCAGUGUGCCUGCCGAGACUCUGCCAAGGACAAAGCCACCGUUAAGAAGGAAUGUUCCUCGCCUGAUUCAAAAGCUUUGGAGCAGCCAGCUCCCCAGCUGCAGCCUCAGACCUUUCCUUCCUCUUCCCCUUCUCCUUCGUGUGGGCAGAGCAGUCAGAUAGUUAGCCCUUCAGACUCUCAGACUGAAACAUUAAGUGCCAUGGAUGUAUCGGACUUCCUGUCCCUCCAAAGCCCUGAAACCCCAUCUAACAUAAUUCCAAUCGAAGCACUACUGCAGGGCGAGGAAGAAAUUGGUUUGAAUAGCAGCUUCUCUAAGUGAAGAUGUUCCAGAUUUUCCUUUGCACCUGGUGGGUAAAACCCUUCUCCUUAGAAGCAGAAACUGAAGGAUCAAUUCUUUUUCCUUCCUCUUUGGAAGUUUUGUGGCUUAUUUCUGCUUCACAGAUGUCAUCUUAGUCACAUCCCAGGUACAUCCAUCUUUGAGAAUCUAUCUAAAAAAAGAAAAGGAAAAAAAAAAAAAGGAAAAGCUAAGUUAUAUAUGAACUGUUUUGGCUGCACUGUCUGUCACUUUUGCUUGUCAUAUGUGAACACAGAAGUUAAGAUUACUCGUGUGCAAAAAGAUUUUAAAAAGAAAAAGGGGGGUUAGUUUGUCUCCAGUUGCACAUCACUUAUGUUUGGGAUUAAGGUACUGGCAGCGAGUGGGUCUUUGUUACAACUCCUUGGGUCUAUAAUUUUCUUCUGUCUCUUAUGUCUGAUACUAACCAUGCACUAUGAGGGGAGCCCAGGAAAGGAAUUUGCUGUAGUAGAAAAUGGCAUUAUUGUAGAAGAUCAUUUAUCUGCAAUUUUAUUGGAAUGCAGUUGUCACAUCACUGAGUUGGGAGCUGAUACCUGGGUUUGCUUUGUACUAACGCUGUUACUAAAGCCUACAGAAAUUUUUGGGAGUUUAUUUCAGCAGAGCACAAGUACCCUGUGCUCCUGGUAGAUCUGUUCAUUUAAUUUCAUUAGGACUUAAAAGUGUGGUGGCAGACACACUGUUUCACGACAUGGAAACACAAUCGGAGCCCCUGCUUACUCAGGCUUGAGAGUCUGUUUUCUUUGCCUGGCUUUGAAGGAUGCAGUGAGUCCCAGAUGUAGUCAGAUUGGUGCCUGCUGCUCUUUUGAUUUAUUUGGCUCUGUUCAGAAACAAGUCAUCCUUUUAACCCCCACGACUGUUUAAUCAGGAGCAUGGUGCCUUUGCUGGUUACUCUCAUCUUUUGUCAGGAACAACUCUAGGAAAAUUUUCAGACUGAUUCAACAUAAAUUCAGUUUGAAUUCAGUGAGUCUAUCCUUCAGCUGUCCAUAAAUGCUUCCUUUUUUCUGUUGAGCUAUAUAAUUUCUGCCUGAAUCUGCCUCCAACCUACUGCAAUGCCAGCUUUUUGUGCACGGGGCUAUUUCUUGACUAAAAGAUUUUACACAACAUAGUAGUUUUUCAUAUCAAACUGAAAGUCUAUAUUCUAACCUACUCAGGGUAAAUAAAACACAAACCCCCCUUCCACCAAAAAGCCUGUAAUGUUGCAAUAAAUGCAGUCUCAUUCUAAAUGGUUUAUUUAUGCUGCAUUAUUUUAAAAGAUGUAAUUUUAUAGUGUUUUAUCCAUCUUUCUGGCUUUGGCUGUCAGUCCUUUUGUGUUAAAGGAAAGAAUAUUAAAUAGUCUUUAUUCAGUUUACAGUGUUGUCAUUAGUGAGAUACAAAGAUAAUGACUGUAAGCCAAUUAAUGUGGAGUGUCCUGCGCACUAAAUUUAGGAAUGCAAACUCCUGGUGGAUAGAGAUCUUUCACUCGUAUUUGAUCAAAGCUGCUCUCUGUACCUGCUGGGGGAGAAUUGUUUGAGUGCAGCCAGAGCUCCCCAGGAUACCGGGUGAUUAGCAGGUUUUCUAACCCUCUUGUGACACGCUCUGUGUAGACUUGCCAACACCGCUGUCACAGUCUUAGCUGAGAGAGCGGCUCAAGUGAUCCUGUGUGCUAUUCCCUUGCGAAUCUGCUGUCACAGCACAGAUGGAAAUGGGCUGAAGGGAACUCACUUUUCACCUCUGACAACUUGCUUCCAGUUGUUAGGUGCAGGAGGGUGAAACUGUCCCGUUGGGGCAAAUGUGAGGGAGGAGAGGCUGCGCAAAGAAUGCACAGAGCGCUCCGUUUUGGUCAUUGCAGUGAUGAGCUUGGGGGCAGCAGCUGAACUGAAACACACUACCGUGUUUCUGUGCGCGUUGGCGUGUGGUGCAGUGCUAUCGCAGGGGGAUGUGGGUCCUGCAGCAAUAAGGUUCGCAUCCACAAAACGCGGAUUAACAAAGUAGUUUAUAUUUUGUUCUUGUGGUGGUAAUCCCUAGAGGGCAGCGAGAUGGUGGCCCCUUUUGGUUUUCUCCUACAGCUUCAUUUUGUGAUGCAGUUUGGUUACGCAGCAGCACAAACUGCUUUGAAUGCAAAAGAGAGUCUCAAGCCUGUGUGGCUGGAACUGCCCUCACAGGGAUGAGUCUCCUGCCAGCUCUCUGCGUAGAGCUCUGCUUCGGAGGAGUGUGAGUGGCGCUGGAGCUGCCCAGGAGGUCCCCAUGGGGCACGGGCCGCUGCCGGGACCUCCGCCUUUCCUGCGUCGUUGUGUGGCAGCGGUACUUGAGGGUGAGUGGAUGUGUGCGUGUGAGAGAGUCCGCUGAUGUGGGAGCACGUAGAUCCCCCUGGAGCUGCGGGGUUUUCUCUGAUGCGGACAAGAGUACCAGAUGCGGCAGCUGAGGGAUUAGGAAUUUAGCAACCACUUCUGAGCCUUUCCGUCCUUCAGGGAAGCGUUUUUCCAUGCUACUUUUGCUUCUUGCGACUUAGUCCACCUAAAGCACGCUUCUGGUUGGACCAUAUAGCAUCUUUAGAAACUCCUUUGUGACAGAAACGAGUAGAAGAAUCUACCAAAGGCUUUGAAAUCAGAAGCUAAUUUGGAAGUGUGGUAAUUGGCAGCAGUGAGGUGCUGCACGCAUCCUUUCUGAGUGGGUAUCAGAGGUUAACCUCUCUGCUGUUUUCUCUUCACAGCUACUGUUUUCUAUUGGUGUGUUCUAGGAAAAGCAAUGUGUUCCAAGUUUAUGCUGACUUUUAGGUGCAUUGGGUUUGCCGUUACCCUCUUGUAUGUGCAUCAGGCAGGCUGCGAUUUAGGUGAAACUAAUUAGAGCUUGUAAUGAGGCGAGAGCAGCGUGAUUCUGUGAAUGCAGAGGCCGCUGCACCAUGGACUGUGCAUCCCACCCAAUUGUGUUGUACAGAUGUGUGCUUUUGUUGUGUAAUCCUUGAUCUGCUUUCCAGAGUGUUCCAUGCUGUGUGUAUCUGAUGUGUUUCACAGUGGCCAUUCGCAUCAUCCCCAGUGCUGUGUGAUCAAACAUUGUGCUGCCGGGGAUGGGAGGAGAUCUGUGGCAGCUGGCAAGAGAGGGCAGUCGCAGCAAAGCCCUGAGAUUCCUCAGUGCCAGAGAAUUUUCUGUCCUUCUCCUCUUGUUGCCCCAGCAUUUACCAUAUUCGCAAUAACAUUUUUAAUAAAGGGGGGGAGUUUGUACCAUUGUAGAUCUGGUAAGAUGUUGGAUUCCCAGAAAGGGGCAUGUUCUGUAAUACGCUGGAGCCUCUGAGAACAGUGUGCCCUCGCCCUGCAAAAUCUGCAUUUCACAAACCCCUUUAAUUAUCAGUCAGGGAGCAAAACUGCACUGCUCUGGGUCUGUGUUAAAGGUUUUGCUGUUUUGUGGCUUGUGAGUGUUUACUUGGUUACUUACAGUUUCUAGGUGGGUGCAGAAGCUUAAACAUGUAGAAUGGGUCUAAUUACCAACAGCUCUAGUCGCUGAGCAGUGACCCAAGCAAGCAGACUUGGCGUGCAGUUGAAGGCUGUAGAAGUUGCUUCUCAUGCUUGUAGGUGGUGGAGGGAUGGAAAAUCAGCACUGUUUAAAUGCUGGUACUGAAUUAUAUAGAACAAAGUACGAACUGGGCACUUCUGUAAUGCUGACUGUGUCCGGAAAGACUAGUUCGCAGAACCUCAUACUGGUAUCUAAAAUGCACUUUAGGUUAUUUUAUCUUUAACCCAAUUGCUGCAAUUUCUUUUGUAUAUACUUUCAUAAAGUUUAUUUUUGCUCUGAGUAAAAGUUAACAGGGGUGUGCAAAGAUGAGCACUUAACUUGGUGCAAUACUUGUAGCUAAAGAUCGUUGUCCCAUGUGGUCGGUCUGUCUGUGUCUAACUGAAUAUAUAUAGUAACUAGCUCAGUGACAUACUGCCCUUCCCUGUCUAUACCCAAGAGAAAUUAUGCAUCAUUAGCAAACGUCCAAUCUAUGCAAAUAUUCCACUGAGAGCACUGUGCUUUAGCAGGCCUUUUCUCUCGCGCUUUCUGGUGGGCUGCUUGUCACUUCUGUUGGACACUGCUGUGUUCCUUGGGGUAUAUCCCUUCUCCCUUGUCCUCCGCUCUGUUCUGCCGCAUGAGUACGAACAGAAGUGACAAGCUGUUCUGAAACAGGCAUGUUGCACCUUUAAAAUUUGUCUUUGCGAUCGUUUUUGAUGUCAUGUUAUCUGCCUUACUUCAUGGAGGAUGGCACUUCUGCAGUCAUCCAAGAUAUUGUUUUUGCAACUGCAGCAACAUUGUUAAACUGUUUACAGUACUCUUCCUGCACCAAUUAUAAAUAAGGCUCGGAGAAUGAACUAACGACUGGCUUGUUGGUUGUGGAACUGCUGGGGGAGAGAAGUUAAGGCAUAAUUAAUUGCCCUUGGAGUUGAUUGGUGAUGAAAAGCUGUUCCUGAUAUAUGUGGGAGCAUAGCUAGCAACUGAAAUGAGCGGCAGCCAGGUCGGUGACGUGGAGCAGACGGGAUCUUGGUGUCACAUUCUUGGCUCUGCUGCUGACUGGCUGAGAGGCCUUGGGCAAGUCACUUAACCUCUCCGUGCCUCGGUUUCCUCCCUGUGGAGUGAGGACACUGAAACUCGUCUUUGUAAAAUGCUUUGAGAUCUAUGGGUGAAAAGUCCUUGGCAUUAGUGAUCUGAGCUAGCUGGGCAGAACUGCUAGAGUCGGUUUGGACUGUAAGGCAAAAAAAAAAAAAAGCAUGUCUUUAACAAACCCUACAAAUUUCUGAUUGCAUAGUUUUAAAUUGGUACACUAUUUUUUCCGUAACCUAUUUUGGAAACAACGUCAAGUUUUUAUAAACGUUACCUGUAGUUGAUACUCAUGGACAGGGCUGAACUUUUAACUUUUUUGCAUCUUGUCUUGAUAUAUCAUAUGUUCUAGAAGUUGGAUUCUGUGUCUGCACUGAGAAAUGCAAAUUAAACUGGAUAUUUAUGUAGUAGUGUACAUAGUCUAAGUGUGUGUGUUCUUGGAACUAGUUUAAAAAUCCCACACCAUGCUUUUGGUGGUGUGCAAGCUGGCCAAAAUUUGGUUCAUUAUGCAGUGUACACUUUCUCAAAUAAAUGCAGUUUCUACUUUUUCUUACAAGAAAUUUUUUUCAUAUGAUCUUUUUCAGCAAAAUCAAGGGUAUGUUUUUUGCAGUACCGUAGUUACAGUAGCUGGUAUUUCUUGCUGUGUAGCUUUGUGUCCUUCCACUUGCUUACUGAACCGGAGCUAUCUGUCUGACCCUUGUUUGGAGAGAGAGAGCGGUAGUUGCAGUUCUGUUUCACGCAGACCAGCAUCAGUGUGGCGGGCAGGGAUGUGCAAACCUCGAGCCUGGUUAGUUACCGAAGUCGUCUUCAGCAUCGACAUCCGCAUGAUUGUCGAACCAGGAAGUGUAGGAGAACCGUAGGUUGUCGAGUUACUGCUUCUGUGCUGUUUGACACGUAUGGGGAGCUGGGCAAUGGUCUUGGAGAUGAUGAAAUAAAGAACCCCAGUUUUUCAAGAAUGUGUGUAUGGUAUUAAAGGAAUUUAUUUAACUAUGAAACAUGGGAACAAAUGUGCUUACAUUGAGCAAUGUGAAGAUGUUAGUUACAGGUACAGUACUUCCAAAGGAAGAGCAUCUCCAAAACCCAAAAAAGAGUAAAUAUGAAUUUGUAUUUUUUGAAGAAUGUAAAAUGUGAAAUAAUGGUGUUUGCUUAAUUGCUCAUUUUGUAUGAAGUUAAUAUUGUACUUUGAAAUAUCUGCAAAGAAGUGGAAAUUAACUUUUUUGGAAUUGAAAGCAAUAUUAAUACUAAUGGAAUCCUAAUUAAAUGCUUAUUUAAACAUUGUGUUAUAA